GGCCCACAAAGUUGGAUCAAAAGUUGCUGGAAUAAGAACCCCAAUGCAUUUGAUUAAGAUCGCCUUGUUACUAAGCUUUUUGGCUUUAUGCCAAAAGUCGCAAGUUCAAGCCGCCAUAAGUUCGGAACUCGAUCACUAUCUGCGAUGUUUGGAAGUGGUGACUGAUGCCGGUGCCCUAAUGAUCGAGAACUCUAUAACGGCCAUAAGCCUCCUAUCCGAUUGCGUUGAUUUUCAGCCGAAAAUCAAACUAACUGGUAGCAUUCUCAGAUUUAUUAGGGUGGCCCAUCAGUUUGGCAAGAAGGCGAUAUACGAUCGACCGGAAUGUCUCGUACAAACCUUUACCACCGGAGUCGGACUGAUUAGACCGAUUAUAGCCAAGUUUGAUAGCUUGAGGUGCUUUGAUGAGUAAGACAACCUACCUAGUUUGAAUAAAUAUUCAGAAUAUACCGAAAGUUUGCCUGGCCAAGCAAACGGAUCAGAACCAUCUUAAUUGUUUUAUUCUCAUUCUUUUAAAAUUCAAAUUCAACAUAUCACAGAACUUCCAUUUGAAAUUACAACCAUUGUUAUUUAAAAGUAAUGUUUAUUAACUCUACAUAUCAACUGGUGGUUACACGUUUUUUUAUAUACAAAAUUCGAUUUAUCUUCUGGUCGUCGGCCAGGAUCAGUAUUAGCGUAAAAAUAACUAAAAUAUAAAUUAUGUAGAAC